AUGCGCAUGCUCAGUAACAAACCACGUGUAUAAAAAUGGCAACCAACUUCAACCAGGACAACGCUUUCAAGGACAAGGACAAGCCGACGAGUAUAAGAACGAGUAACAUCAUAGCAGCUAAGGCUGUUGCUGAUGCGGUGAGGACGAGUCUUGGUCCCAGGGGAAUGGACAAGAUGAUACAAGGAGAGUCUGGGGAUGUUACCAUCACUAACGACGGAGCGACCAUUCUCAAACAAAUGCAAGUCAUUCAUCCUGUUGCAAGAAUGUUGGUAGAGCUCUCGAAGGCUCAAGAUAUUGAAGCUGGUGACGGCACUACAUCAGUAGUAAUCCUGGCUGGUAGUUUACUUAAUGCUAGUCAGAAGUUGUUGGCACGUGGCAUUCACCCGACAACUGUCUCAGAGUCUUACCAGAAGGCAGCUGACAAGGCUGUAGAAAUACUUACUAAUAUGGCUGUGCCUGUGUCUCUCUCUGACAGACAGUCUUUAUUGAAGAGUGCAACAACUUCUUUGUCGUCAAAGGUUGUGUCCCAAUAUUCUAGUCAGUUGGCUCCAAUAUCGGUUGAUGCUGUAUUAAAAGUGAUUGAUCCAUCAGUAGCUACUAAUGUUGAUCUCAGAGAUAUUAGAGUUAUAAAGAAACUGGGUGGUACUGUUGAAGACACUGAACUGGUUGAGGGUUUAGUUUUGGAGCAGAAGGUGUCUCAUAUUGCUGGUGGAACCACUCGUGUGGAAAAAGCAAAAAUUGGCCUGAUACAGUUUUGCAUCUCACCACCUAAGACUGACAUGGAAAAUCAAGUCAUUGUUUCUGAUUAUUCUCAAAUGGAUCGAAUACUUCGUGAAGAGAAGCAGUACAUCCUUGAGAUAUGCAAGAAGAUAAAGAAAGCUGGUUGUAACGUACUCCUCAUUCAGAAGUCCAUUCUCCGUGAUGCUGUCAAUGAUCUUGCUCUCCAUUAUUUGGCAAAAAUGAAAGUCCUUGUCGUUCGUGAGAUUGAGAGAGAAGAUGUUGAGUUCAUUGCUCGAACUCUCAACUGUCGUCCAAUAGCAAGUCUUGAUCACUUCCUGCCAGAGCAUUUGGGAUCAGCUUCGCUUGUGGAGGAAGUUUCAACUGGAACCAGCAAAGUUGUUAAGUUUACCGGUACUACAUCAACAGCAAAGACAGUCAGCCUUAUAGUGCGAGGGUCUAAUAAGCUGGUUCUUGAAGAGGCUGAACGAUCACUCCAUGACGCACUCUGUGUCAUUAGAUGCUUAGUAAAGACAAAAGCUCUUAUUGCUGGGGGAGGUGCCCCAGAGAUAGAACUCUCACUGAGAUUGAUGGAAUAUGCUCAAACUCUCUCCGGAAUGGAGAGCUAUUGUGUGAGAGCCUUUGCCGAAGCAAUGGAAGUGAUACCUUCCACUCUUGCCGAGAACGCUGGCCUGAAUCCCAUUGCUGUGGUAACAGAGCUCCGAAAUAAACAUGCCCAGGGAGAGAAGACAGCUGGAAUUAACGUCAGAAAGGGUACCAUAACUAAUAUACUUGAGGAGAAUGUUGUACAGCCACUUCUGGUUUCUACAUCGGCAGUGGUCCUCGCCUCUGAGGCAGUGAGGAGUAUACUUAAGAUUGAUGAUAUGGUUAAUGCUAAGUAGUGCGUGUAUAUGUGAAGAGACUUUUGAUGUUAGUAACAUGUGAAGUUAAUAAUAAUAAUAAUAAUAAUAAUAA